UUAAUAUGAAAGCAGUAAUACAACGAGUGGCAAAAGCUAGUGUUUCAGUUGAUGGUGAACUUAUUAGUAGCAUUGAAAAUGGUCUAUGCGUCUUAAUUGGCAUAAAAAGAGAUGACUCAAAGGAGGACAUCAAUUACAUGUAA